AUAAUCUCUCUCUCUCUCUCUCUCUCUCUCCCUCUCCGUCUCUCUCUCCAGCUUUUGCCCUCCAGUUCAUCCAGCUCAUGAACCAAUCCUCUAAUGCAAUUCAAAUUUCCAACUUUUUCUGCCUUAGAUUAAAUAAUCUCCACACAUAAUUACUUAAAAUCACUUAAUUGAAUGUUAGUUUGGUCCAAACUCCGACACCUGGUUUUAUUUCCAACCAUCCAUCCAUCUCCCUCCUCUCUUUCAUCCCCCCCUCCCCUCUGUCCCUCUCAUUCCGUUCCUAGAAGAAGAACCGAGAAGAACGGAAGAGAGGGAAUUCGCUAUGGGGAAUGUGACGUCGACGGUGGCGGCGAAAUUCGCGUUUUUUCCGCCGGAGCCGGCGACUUACGCGGUGUUUAGGGAUGGAGGAGGGACGGGGAGGCUUUUCUUCUCGGGGGUCUCGGCGGACAAGAACAUGGAGGUGCAUUUGAUCGAGACCAAGACCGGGAACAAGAUAGUUGCUACGUUUUGGCGGCAUCCUUACGCCCGAUUCACGCUUCUGUAUUCCCAUGGCAAUGCGGCUGAUCUCGGACAGAUGCUUGAUUUGUUCAUUGAGCUUCGGGCUCACCUCAGAGUUAACAUCAUGUGUUACGAUUACUCUGGAUAUGGAGCCUCGUCUGGAAAGCCGUCAGAAUUCAACACAUAUAAUGACAUUGAAGCAGUUUAUGAAUGCUUGAAGAGGGAGUAUGGGAUAGUGCAGGAAGAACUUAUAUUGUAUGGCCAAUCUGUUGGUAGUGGUCCAACACUGCAUUUAGCUGCACGCCUGCCAGGACUGAGAGGUGUAGUCCUGCACAGCGCGAUCUUGUCUGGGAUAAGGGUCUUAUAUCCUGUGAAGAUGACCUUCUGGUUUGACAUUUUUAAGAAUAUUGACAGAAUCCGGCUUGUCAACUGUCCUGUUCUUGUAAUACAUGGAACGGCUGAUGAUAUCGUGGACUGGUCGCAUGGGAAACGCCUGUGGGAGCUCUCCAAGGAGAAAUUCGAUCCCUUAUGGAUCAAAGGAGGCGGCCACUGCGAUCUGGAAACUUAUCCUGAGUACAUAAAGCAUCUGAGGAAAUUCAUAAUGGCAAUGGAGAAGCUCUCCAUGACAAGGUUGCAGGCAAAGCAAAGAAAUCAACCUCCCUCAACCAUGGCUGAAGCUAAGCAUAAUAAAUGCCUGAGAUUUGGUAAGAGGUGACCAUUAUAAUCUCCUUGACCCCACAAAUAUUCUUUCAAGCUCUGUUAGCCUCUCUUCUGGAAGCCAUGGGAUCACCUCCAGAAUGCAUGCAGGCUCUCUGUAACUAAGCUGAGUUGAUGACAGGAGAAGCUAGAGAAGUUCAGGUUAAAUUUUUUACUCCCACUGCAAAGUUCUGGAGUUGAUUUCUGAAGCUUAUUUGAUUGCAUAAAACUGUUCACUGGGAUUGGAUUUAUGGUUUGCCGAGCCUAAGUGAAUGGUAAAUGAAGUGCCAGAAGUGAGGUUUUUUUGUACACAAAAUCCAAUUCCAAAAAGUAAUUUGUAUAUGUUUGGUUCUCCAUUCCUUUUACAUAUUCUUCUUUUAAAGAGAUUUUUUUAGUUUGUUUGCUUGGUUGUCCAUGACUAAGGCAAUAUUGAACUGCUAAUCAGUAGUAUUUGGUUUUAUUGCUCAACUCUUCAUGAUAGUGAGGAGAAUUUGAGAAGGGAGUAGAACUUUUUAUAAGUAUUUACAUGCAAAGCUAAACAUUUCAAUCCUUGUAUUCAAU